GUGGCUAGAAACAAUUGAUUAUAUAAACACAUACACACAUACAGACAGAGAUAGACAGAGAGAGAGAAUCCCCUUGGAAUAUUUAGCUGCCAUGGAACCAAACUCCACAAGGCUUGGGGGCUCUCUUCAGGUGGCUUCUGUUCAAGAGUUGUCUAAGGAACAGCUGGCCACGGUUCCGCCACGAUAUGUACGUCCCGAUCAAGACCAUCCGAUCAUAUCUAAUACCUCCUCUUUACCUCAAGUCCCCAUCGUCGACAUGCACAGCUUACUUUCUGGAGAUUCAAUGGAAUUAGAGCUUGAAAAGCUGCACAAUGCAUGCAAGGAAUGGGGUUUCUUUCAGCUGAUAAAUCAUGGAGUUAGCUCUUCAUUGGUGGACAAAGUGAAGUUUGAGAUUCAGAAGUUGUUCAAUCUUCCAGCAGAGGAGAAGAAGCAGUUUGCUCAAAAACAAGGAGACUUAGACGGAUUUGGACAGGCCUUUGUUGUAUCAGAAGACCAAAAGCUUGAUUGGGGAGAUAUGUUCUACAUGUACACCCUUCCAACCUACUUAAGGAAACCCCACUUAUUCCCCAACCUCCCUGCCGCGUUCAGGGAGGUCAUAGAAGCAUACUCAGAAGAAUUGAAAACCCUUGCCUUGAAGAUCCUUAUCCUUAUGGCUAAAGCUUUACAAAUGGAGGCUGCUGAUAUGAGGUUGUUAUUUGAAGAAGGGAUGCAGGCAAUGAGGAUGAAUUACUAUCCUCCAUGUCCUCAACCGGAGCUGGUGAUGGGCCUCACCCCGCACUCCGACGCCGUUGGUCUCACCAUCCUCCUACAAGUCAAUGAAAUAGAAGGCCUCCAGAUAAAAAAGGAUGGAAUUUGGAUUCCUAUUGUUCCACUCCCUAAUGCUUUUGUAGUCAACAUUGGAGACAUCUUGGAGGUAAUAUGAAAAACAAACUUCCUAACCUUUUCGUAUAUUUUGGCUCAUAUUAUUAUUGAAUGGACAAUAUAGUCUAAGAUAUGCCCGAAGACUUUCCGAGGUACACUCACAUGGGAGAUACUCUAGGAAAACAAGUUAAUAAUCUAGAAGAACACAAACCAUGAUUUACUAGGUAGGCUAAAUAUUAUAAAAUGGCCCUAAUUACAUUAUGGCCCAAGUUUAAAUUUUUCCUAUUUAGACCUUAAACUUUUAGGAUAAAUUCAGCUAGUCCCUCCGUCCAUUUCAGUCAUCAAACGGAUGAUUUUCGCCCAAGUGAGAAUCAUCUACAGUUGUUAAAGACGAUUAGAGAAACCUCAACAACCGGAUAUUGCUUAUUCUCACGUAUCAAACUCUUAAGUUCUUCAAAGAUAGAAACUUCGAAUGCUAUAAUGAGAGAUUAUCAAGUAUUCUAUGCCUAAUAUUAUCACAAAUUCUCAUGUAGAGUAAAAAUUUUUAUUUAAAUGCUUGAAAUUGACGAAAGGAACUGAACAAAAUAAUUUUUAGAGUUCAAUUGCUAACUGACAAUAUACAAUUGUUUAUUGACAUAUUGUUCGGCAGAUAGUGACGAAUGGAAUUUACCGCAGUAUUGAACAUCGAGCAACAAUUAAUUC